AUGCGUAGCUUGGGUAGCUUCAUACUUUGUUCCACUUUGGCUUUUGCCAAAGCUGCUCCCGAGCCUACUUGUAAUUAUAUCGCGGGUGAUGCUGGAUGGCCAACUCGAUCGGAAUGGGACCAACUCAACCAGACGAUAAGUGGUCAACUUAUCCAGACAGUUCCCAUGGGAAGUGUCUGUCAUUAUGAGCCGUUCGGAAACUACAAUGAGACAGAAUGCAAUGAAUUGAGGAAGGACUGGGAUUUCCGGCAUUGGAAGUUCAAAGUCUGGGAGAUGGGACAAAUCCACGUCACUCAUCCAUCCGAGAUAAUGAACCCUUAUUAUCAAAACCGAUCGUGCGAUCCGUUCACAUCAGCUGAGACUCCUUGCGAGCUCGGAAACUAUGCUUCUUAUUCAAUCAACGUUACUAGUGCCCGUGAUGUUAUUGCUGGUAUUCAAUUCGCAAAGGAAAAGAAUAUCAGACUGGUGGUCAAGAAUACUGGUCAUGAUUAUCACGGCCGAUCAAGUGGUUCGAACAGUCUCGCACUCUGGAUGUAUAACCUCAAAACAUCAGAGAUCAAUCACAAUUAUCGGAGUUCUUACUAUUCCGGAGCUGCUGUAAGGCUUGGAGCCGGUAUGGGAGUUGGUGAGUCUUACAUGGCUGUACACGAACAUGGCUAUCGUAUUGUCGGCGGUGAGUGCGGAACUGUCGGAGUCGCUGGCGGUUAUUCACAGGGAGGUGGUCAUUCGGUCCUAACUAGCGAAAAUGGGCUGGGAUCCGAUCAGGUCCUUGAGUGGGAGGUCGUCACCACUACGGGUGAGUAUCUGAUUGCAACUCCAGAGCAGAAUUCCGACUUGUACUGGGCUUUGAGUGGUGGAGGCGGUGGCACAUACGGAGUCGUCGUCGGUGUCACAGUCAAGAUUUUCAAGGAUGGUCCAUUUGCUGGUGGUGCGUUGGUUUUCAAUAACACCGAUACACCUGGAAAAGAAGUGUUCUGGAAGGCCGUUGAGCUCUGGUAUCAAUACUUCCCGUCUUUUACUGUCAACAACAACACCGUUCAGUUUGUGCUUUUGAACAGCACCCUCGAUGCUCAAGCAAUCAACUUGCCCGGUCAAACAGUCGAGGAUGUAAACAAGCUCAUGGCUCCAUAUCUCGCUGAACUCGAUGGCCUCGGUAUACAGUAUAGUUUUACUACUGAAUACUCGGAGACAUACUAUGAUCAUUUCAACAAUUAUUACGGCCCACUUCCUCACGGAGCGGAGCCAGUGACCACUAUCCUCUACGCCCGACUCGUUCCCCGCAAGGUUAUUCAGGAUAAGAAGGCUAAUGCCAAGCUUAUUGACUCGUUGCGUUCCGUUGUUGAAAGUGGCAAGUGGCUUAUUGGUUGCGGCGUCUUCAAUUUGCAGAAUAAAAUCCACCCAGAUAAUGCUGUUUUGCCUGCUUGGCGGGAUGCCCAGGCUGUUUGCAUUGCUAAUGGAUUCUGGAACUUUGAAGCGACUGCCGAAGAGAACCUGAAACUCAAAGAGGAGUUGGCUGAUUUCCAUGCUCCGGCCAUGGACGCAGCGACUCCUGGCUCAGGUGUAUACAUGAAUGAAGUUGAUCCUCUAUACAAGGGCGACUGGAAGGAAGCGAUGUAUGGAGCGAACUAUGAGCUUCUCUUGGACAUCAAACACAAAUAUGAUCCAGAUCACCUCUUAUUCGGACACAUGUCUGUUGGAAGUGACGAAUUCCACUUUGAUGGGAGCGGCAGAUUGUGCUAUGGUCAGCAAGACUCUAACAUCAACCUUGAUGUAGGCUUAGUUAACCAAGCCAUGGGUUGGAGGAGUUCAUGGUCUAUGAAUUGGGGCCGUGAAUAG